GAAGCGUGAACAUCGCCAUCGACUUUGCUCUCAAUACACUUUGUUAAUUUAUUAAUUCGUUUUUUCAUCGCUGACCAACAUGUUGCUUCUGGUCUGCACGUUAACGCUGCUAAGCUGCGGGCUGGCCCAACACGAGUAUCAUUAUCCGCGCCCGCAGAUCCCAUUCCACCUGACACCGCAGCGACCUGUGCGCGAGCAACCGCCGCCGACGCGUUUCGUUGUGCAGACAUUGGGGCCACAUGGACGCACCUAUGAGCUGCAGACGCAUAAAGCGCCAGCGAUUUAUGUGGCACAUCAAACGGUGCAAGUGCCACAGCAGCAACAACAGCAGCAAUAUCAUCAUCCACAGCAACAACAUCAACAGUAUCAACAGCAGCUGCCACAGCAGCUUCAUGUGCAGCAACCGCUGCAACAAUUGCAUACGUCAGCCUUUAAGAAUCCGCUGCUGGUCAACACCAACUACCAACAGACGUCCGCUAGCAUAACCGCAGCACUGCCACCGCCACCGCCGCCGCCCGCAGGUCCUGCGCCAUCCCUUGGCUACGCCUACAGCCAAAGUCAGGCACAGGGACAGGCUCAACAAUCGGUCGGAGCUAACUACUAUAAUGCGCCGCAGGCUUUGACAGUUGCCACCGCAACUCAGGCACAGCCCGCGGCCCAGUAUGGUCAGCCAGCUCAGGUGCAGUUGCAACAGGAACACGGACAGCAACCGCAUUACAACAGCAAUCCACAACCGUAUGCCAUUGUCACAUUGCCAAACGGUCAACGGGUGCUGGAUGCAGGUCACGGCUCUGGGCCGCCGCCAAGGGGCGACCAUCACAGUGGCGGACAGCAGCCCCCACGCAUUGGUGAUUACAGCGCCCAAUCGCAGAGUGCCACACUGGACACAUACGACUACAAGCAAUCGGUGGCAGGCGAUGCACGCAGCUAUCAACGCUUUGUGACCCAAUGUCAGGCGAACGGACAGUGCCAGCAGUUGACUCUCAGUCCCGGACAGAUUGAUGGCGGCCAUCAGCAGCUGUUGCAGGCGGCCCGUUCGCAAACGCUGCCCGCAGCAACUGGUUGCAAGAAGAGUCACAAUGUGCCACCAGGUGCCGAGCACAAUGCCCAGGGACAACUGCGACCACGUGGCAGACGCACCUACACUCAUGUGCAAGAGCAGCUGGUCAAAUAUCCCUACAAUUAACGUAAUAGUUCAAGCUACUAUAUAUAGUUCACUCAUUUCGAAUUUAUUAGUACCUGUUUUUUAUAUGUAGUUCCCUCCCCGAUAUAGUAUGAAAUACAUUUGUAAGAUUUCCCCCGCUUUUGGGCAUCAACGCA